GAUGUUCACACUAAAGUGUCAGCUUGUUUACUUGUUUAGUGUCAAGCCCGCGACUGCAUCAUAAUGCUUUGUUAUAUGAGUGUGUAGAGAAAACCUUGAGAAAUUGAUAUUAUAAGCCGCACAAUUUGGAUUACGAGCUGACCCGAAUCAUGACAGAUCUGGAGAAUAUGUCUGUGGAAGAGUUGAAGGAAACACUUCUUGGCCUUCGCAAAGAGCGGCACAAACUUGAAAAUGAUUUGAGCCAAACCCAUAGUUUGAGCAACCCACCUGUCAUUAACAAGAAAGCUCACAACAACCAAGAAAUGAAAACUGUACUGUCGGGAAAAGCUCUAAUCGAUCGCACAGGUGUGUCAGUUACACAAUCCAAAGGAAAGCAUGGGACAGACAUCACAAUCUUCAAGUUCCUCAAUUGGCACAGAGGGGAAUUAAAAGGCCAAGCUUCGGUAAAGAUCCUGAUUAAAGAAAAAGAAUACUCCAUUGUUCAACACUCCAUUCCACAUGACGUGUGCUCCCUGAUAAGUGGGAAAAAGUUGCCCAUAAAAUUUACGGAUAAGGAUGAGCAAAUAAAUGUCAUCAACACAAUUAAAAAGAGUGUGUCUGCGUAUUUCAACCGUCUGGAUCAAUUCAACGAGUUUACGGAAGAGUACCCUCACGUUAGAUUUGUGUGGGAGUCUCACUGUCGAAAUGCCGAGUUGAUCAUUCCUCUUAAACUUGAUAAAAGUUUCAAAGUUGUUGUCAGCAUGGAAUAUUCUGAGAUUGGAAUUUUGCCCAAGAGUGUGAGCCUCAGUUUCUCGGAUGACUUGGAUGCAAAUUUCACUGAAGAUUUCACCAAACAAUUAUUAAUUCUGAAGGAGGAAUACCUGUCAGAUGCUUUCAAGCAAAUCCUAUCUGCAGAUGAUGAAGACAAAGAAUCAAAAUCGUCUGAAUAAUGUGUAUAAUAAUCGAUUUGUGCCUAGCAAGUAACGUUAAAAUUUUCAAUAUUUGAUUAUUUGUUGCUGGAUAAUGUCUGUAAUUAAACUUAUUUUCUAUAAUCUCACUAA